AUGGUGGGUCGGAUCCGCGAUGUAUGGGCGGACAAUUUUGAGCAAGAGAUGGAAUAUCUCUGUACUGCAAUUGAAGUGUACCCUUACGUAGCUAUGGACACCGAGUUCCCUGGGAUUGUGGCGCGGCCAAUAGGCCAAUUUCGUGGAUCGACCGACUACCACUACCAAACCCUGCGGUGCAAUGUGGACCUGCUGCACCUGAUCCAGAUUGGGUUGACCAUAUGUGAUGCAGACGGCAAUUUGCCUCCGGAUACGUGCACUUGGCAGUUUAAUUUCCACUUCGAUCUGGAGGAAGAUAUGUGUGCACCGGACUCGCUCGAGCUGUUGACCAAAGCAGGCUUGGACUUUGAGCGGCAUGCGCGCUUUGGCAUUGAUUUGGAGCACUUUGGCGAGCGACUAAUUACCUCUGGGCUCGCGCUUUUGGACAAUGUGCGCUGGAUUUCGUUCCACUCGGGCUACGACUUUGGCUACCUACUCAAAGUCGUCACGUCGCUUCCCUUGCCUGCGCAGGAACGCGACUUUUUUGAUCUGCUGCAUCUGUGGUUUCCAUGUGUAUACGAUAUCAAGUACCUUAUGCGCAGCUGCAAAGCACUCAAAGGUGGCUUGCAAGAAGUCGCAGACGAUUUGCAGGUCACAAGGAUUGGGCAACAGCACCAGGCAGGGAGCGAUUCUCUGCUCACCGCGUCCACUUUCUUCCGACUGCGCGAGCGCUUCUUUGAAGGUGCGAUUGACGAUGUAAAGCACCUUGGGUGCCUUUAUGGAUUCGCAAACACGUCGAAUGCCGCAGUGCUGCCGUCCGGCGGGGUCGUAUACCAGGCGCACCGCGCCGCAACGCCGAGUGCACAGCAUGCACAAGCGGUUGUAUCCACACCCAUGACGCCAGGCGGUAGUGCGCCUUUGCAUUCACCCUUGUCUGCGCAUGCGCGCAUAGCGGAAGCGUAG